AUGAAAUACUUUCAUCUUAGUUUCGUGGGUACCCAAUUGCAGGUUGCCUUGGUUGGUCUGAUUGUGGCACCUUCAUUCGUUCUGUUUGGAUACAAUCAAGCUGUUCUUGGAAGUCUUCUCAGCCUGCCCAGUUGGGUUGCCGUCUUCCCUGAAAUCGACACCAUUCAUACCACCGGAGCACAAAAGUCCCACAAUUCAACAUCUCAAGGGGCAUGCAAUGCCUCGUUUCAAAUAGGAUGUCUGAUUGGGGCUCUGUCACUCUCGCUCUACGGAGAGAAACUCGGCCGUCGACGCACCGUCUUCAUCGCAGCCAUCAUCACCGUCAUCGGCCAGGCCCUGCAAUGCUCCGCAACGACUCUGGUCCAGUUCGUCAUCGGUCGAGUCAUUCCGGUAUUUGCCAUCGGACAGACUAGUGGUACUGUUCCUGUCUGGCAGUCGGAAUGUUCGUCCGCAAAGCAUCGAGGCCAACAUGUCAUCUGCGACGGCAUCUUCAUCAGUACAGGCUAUGCGUUGUGCAACUGGAUCGACUUUGGAUUCAGCUGGAUUCCUUCUUCAACGGUGCAAUGGAGAAUCCCUCUCGUCGUCCCAUUCCUCUUCUCUGCCGUUCUUCUCAUCUUCGUCUUUUCUCUCCCAGAAUCCCCUCGAUGGCUCGUCUCCAAGGGCCGUGUUGAAGAGGCCACCCUCAGCCUUGCACAAUAUCGUGGAAAGCCGCAUGAAGAUGAAGCCAUUUCAAGGGAAAUUGCUGGAAUUGAGCUGGCGUUUGAAAGCACUCAAGGUUCAUCGUUAAAGGACAUCUUCCGCAAAGACGACAAGACGCGUCUCCUAUUUCGCUUCUGGCUGUGUAUGGGCCUCAACUUCUUUCAACAGGCAUGCGGUGGCAACCUCAUCUCAGUGUACAGCUCGACCAUCUUCCAGAAUUACCUCGGGAUGACUCCAUCCACAGCCAAAAUGCUCUCAUCCUGUGUGUUCGUUUGGAAGACCCUCUGCUGUUUCAUUUCCUUCUGGGCCAUUGAUCGCUGGGGGCGACGACUCUGCUUCAUGAUCAGUGGAGCUGGAAUGGCCGUCUGCAUGGCCGUCCUCGCCAUCACGACCAGCUUCCACACCAUCACGCACACCAUGGCGAUCGUCUAUGUAGCCUUCAUGUUCAUCUUCAACAGCUUCUACCCCAUCGGCUUCAUGGGAGGCAAUUUCCUCUACACGGCGGAAGUCGCCCCCGUUCGACUGCGAGCUGCGAUUUCCUCGUUGGCCACUGCGAAUCACUGGCUGUGGAACCUCGUGGUCGUGCUUGUAACUCCGGUUGCCAUUGAUACAAUUGGAUGUUUUUACUACGUCAUCUACGCGUUGAUCUCAGCAUCUAUUCCAGUGUGCAUCUACCUGUUCUAUCCAGAAACGAUGAAUCGAAACCUGGAGAUGCUGGACCAGGUAUUUGCCAAUGCUUCAUCUAUCUGGCAGGUUGUUCCAAUGGCACGGAAUCUCCCGAAUGAUAGGUUGAAACGCCCUCUGACCUACUCGGAAAAAGUCCUGUAUAGCCAUCUCGACGACGAAUUCGACGAAAGUAUCAUCCGCGGCCAAUCGCAGUUGAAACUACGGCCUCUCCGCAUUGCCUGUCAAGAUGCCACUGCUCAGAUGGCCCUGAUCCAGUUCAUGUCGGCUGGACUGGAAUCGACUGCUGUCCCUACAACGGUGCACUGCGACCACUUGAUCGUUAGUCGAGAUGGCGAGGCUCAGGAUCUUCCCCGUGCACUGGAUGCCCAUCGCGAAGUCUAUGAGUUCAUGGAGAGUGCCUGUCAGAAAUAUAAUAUGGGAUUCUGGAAACCUGGAGCAGGUAUUAUUCACCAGAUUGUGUUGGAAAACUACGCCUUCCCCGGAGGAAUGAUGGUGGGAACGGAUUCACAUACGCCGAAUGCAGGUGGAAUGGGCAUGAUUGCGAUAGGUGUCGGCGGUGCCGAUGCCGUCGAUGUGAUGGCUGGACUGCCAUUGGAAUUGACAGCCCCGAAAGUGCUGGGAGUGAGACUGACCGGCCAACUGUCGCGAUGGGCAUCGCCAAAGGACAUCAUCAACACUGUCGCAGGAAUGAUCUCCGUCAAGGGAGGCACUGGAUCCAUCAUCGAGUACUUUGGCCCUGGCGCAGCGACUCUAUCGGCGACGGGAAUGGCCACGGUGUGCAACAUGGGCGCUGAAACAGGGGCAACAACGUCCGUCUUCCCGUAUGCACCGCAGAUGGCAGACUAUCUGCAUGCUAACAACCGCGCCGACAUGGCAACCGCCGUGCAGCGUAUAUCUUCAGAGCUACGUGCCGAUCAGGGAGCAGAGUAUGAUUGUGUCAUCGACAUUGAUCUGUCCGCGCUGGAACCGAGAAUCAACGGUCCCUUCACGCCAGAUCUGUCUACUCCAUUGUCCAAGUUUAGUGAUGCUGUUGAAGGGAACGAAUGGCCAGGCAAACUGACAGCGGGUCUGAUUGGAUCCUGUACAAAUUCAUCGUUCGAGGACAUGGGCCGAGCAGCCAGUCUGGCCCAGCAGGCCUUGGAUGCCGGGUUGAAGCCAAAGAUGCCGCUGCUGGUUUCGCCUGGAAGUCUGCAAACCAGAGAUACUCUGGAGAAGGCAGACAUCCUGCAAGUGUUUGAGAAGUUGGGGGCGACGAUGUUGCCAAAUGCGUGUGGUCCUUGCUGUGGCUCGUGGGACAGAGUCGAUAUGCCAAAGGGAACCAAAAACUCCAUCAUCACCUCGUACAACCGCAACUUCUCUGGUCGCCUCGAUUCCAACCCGGCUACUCACGUCUUCCUGGCCUCCCCUGAAGUUGUCAUGGGCAAGAUCUUCUCCGACGAUCUCUCUUUCGAUCCCAGCGUCGACUCGAUAACCACCCCAUCUGGAAAGGAAUUCCGCUUCAUCCCUCCAACCGGUGAUGCUCUUCCCCAACAAGGAUACGAGGAUUCGGACUCUGCAUAUGAAGGCCCUCCCACCGGCGACCGCAGCAAUCUCGAAGUGCAGAUCAGCCCAUCAUCCGAUCGUCUACAGAAGCUGGCUCCUUUUGCUCCCUGGUCUGGCGAAGACUAUACCAACUGUCUGAUCCUGAUCAAGACGAAGGGUAAAUGUACAACAGAUCAUAUCACACCUGCGGGUCCCUGGUUCCGCUAUCGAGGCCAUCUCGAGAACAUCUCCAACAACACUUUGAUCGGGGCUGUCAACGCGGAGACAGACAAAGUCAACACCGUUCACAACCAGCUCACCAACAACGACGGUGAUGUCCCUGGGACCGCCCGUGACUAUCAGUCUCACGGCCGACAAUGGGUCGUCAUCGCCGACCACAACUACGGCGAGGGUUCCUCUCGUGAACACGCCGCUCUGCAGCCGCGGUAUCUCGGCGGUGUGGCCAUUAUCGCAAAGAGCUUCGCCCGCAUUCACGAGGCGAACUUGAAGAAGCAGGGAAUGCUGGCGUUGACCUUUGCAGAUGAAGCCGACUAUGAUCGCAUCAAGGCUUCGGAUCUCAUCAACAUCACUGGUCUGGCAUCGCUGGCACCAGGCCAGUCGUUGGCGCUGAAGGUGACGCCACAGGGAGGAGAUGAAUGGGAGGCGCGGUUGAAUCACACAUUUACGCCAGAGCAGAUUGAGUAUUUCAAGGCGGGCAGUGCGUUGAACUUGAUGGCGAAGAAGAGCGGAUGA